ACACAGUGUCUCACUUUCGCUUUCCCCAGGUCCAUAUCUUUGAAGCCUGUGAAACGGCUUGAAGAGGAUGUGUGGUAAUAAAAACAGGCGGCGCUGCCAACAGUGUUUCACAAAGUCCCGACUGAGAGAGAGCACUGGUACAGAGCGUCUCACCCUCUUGCCCCAGUUCGUUUUUUAUGUUCGACGAGUUUGUCCAGGGAGAGAAUAAUCGGGGGGGGACCAUGUUUUUCAUUCCUCUGGUGGUUUCUUUGACGAGUCUUCUUUGCUCCGUCCCUGUCUCCUACUGUGAGGAAGAGUGUGCACCCAAACCUGUGUUCACUCCGUCCAGACUGUUUGUGAAGUACGGGGACCCGAUGUCCGCCAGGUGCACCGUGUGUCCGUCCUGCACCGUGUGUCCGUCCUGCCCCGAUUUGUUCAAUCUGGAGAAAGCUGUCGGAACUCACACAACAAACGGAUCCACCAUCACGUGGAGGGUCGGCAGCUUGACCGAGUGGAGAACAAAGGCUCAAUGCUUUUAUGGUGUUAUGCAGUGCCGCAGCGUCCUGUAUGUGACUGCUUACAAACCUCCGGACAGUGUCUCAUUCAGCUUCACUCACUCGGGCCCGAUGCUGGAGGCUCAUCAGUACACGCUGCAGUGCGACGUGAAGAACGUGGCUCCGGUGGAAAACCUCGUGGUGACCUUCCACAGAGGUCAGAACACAACGGUUCGACUGAAUUCCACCAGUACGACACAGAGGAAACCAGCGAGCGAGGUUUUCUCUCUGAACAUCACCGCCAGCAGAGCAGACGACGGAGCUCAGUACUGGUGUGAAGCCAAACUGGAGCUGGGACCUGACGGACCACAGCCCCCUCCAGUGGUGAUGUCACAAAAGAUCACCGCCACCGUCCACUAUAAGCCUCACGUGGAGAGGUCAUCCCAUCGGGACCACGUCGUUGUCACAGCUGGAGACCGUCUCCAGCUGAACUGCUCAGCUGAGGGAAACCCCCCCCCAUCGUUCACCUGGCGGCUCCCUGGGUCCGGGCUCCCUGGGUCCCCCCUCAAUGCCACCACUCUCAUCAUUGAGUCCGUCACUGUGCAGGAUGAAGGCCAGUACGUGUGUUACAUCACAAACAAAAUGGGGACCGUGAACAUCACUUUCAACGUGGAGGUCAAAGAAUUGGAGUUAACCUCAACCAGUUUGCCUCCAACAACCACAACCACAACCACAACCACAACCACAACCACAACUACAGCCCCAACCACAACUACAGCCCCAACUACAGCAGCAACAACUACAGCAGCAACAACUACAGCAACUACAACUACACCAACAACAACUCAAACCACCACCGAGCUGACCGCUGCACCGAGCAGCAGCACCAGCAUCACACUGACUCGCUGGUUUAUUACGUGGUUCCUGGUUUUAUUCUUUCUCCUGAUUUGAGUUUCAAGGAAUUAAAACCCGACAACAAGAUGUAAUGUAACCAUGACUAUAUGCAGUGUAGAUCACAUCUAAAGUCAUUGCUAUAAUUUCUGCGUUUUAUAAGCUGUAAACUUUUGAAUAAAUAAUACAUUUUUCAUGG